AUGUCGCCGUCAACAAGUCGAUUGGCAGUCCUGAUUCUUGCGAUCGUUGCUUUCUCUUCUACUCCGAUCAACGCCGAUCAAGUCCCCGUGGUAUCUGGGACGCCCGACUCCGGAGACAAGUGUACACCAUGUACUGAAAAGAAUCCGCCUCCGCCGCCGCCACCAUCACUACCACCACCGCCGCCACCAUCACUACCACCACCGCCGCCGACUCCAAAGAGUCCUUCCACGAAGAACUGCCCUCCACCACCAUCACCUUGGUCAGGUCAAUCACCACCGUCGCCUUUUUAUUAUAUAACGGGCCCCCCUGGGAAUCUGUAUCCCGUCGACCCCUAUUACUCUGCUUCCGGCCGGAAUUCAGUUGCAGGAUUUACAGUUCUUGUUGGAUGUGGGCUUUUGGGAUUGCUUUCUGUUGGGAGACUAUGA